AUGAAACCUACUCCUCCACCGGUAGCUUUAACCAUAAAGAUCAACAACGACAAGGAGGAAAAAAAAGUUGACGAAUGUACGGAUACACAACUGGACUGUUCCUUAGAUCAGAAGGCUCUCGAGCAUGUUGAAAGCGAGGCUGAACUUCGAAUGAAAGCAGACGUCAGUUCCACGCCAGUUUCUGCUUUCCUGAAAUUUUCUCAGCAUCAACGUAAAUCUUAUUUUACAGGCUCCUCAAAGAGGACGACGCCGUUCCCGUUCCGCCGUGAGACUCAUACCGUCGACUAUCACUAUCGAGGAGCCGUUCAUCGCGAGCAGAGAACGGUGGUGAAUUUGAUCCCGAUAGCACUCUCCCCGUGGAGCGAUGAAGCAGCUCAAUGCAAUUAA